AUGUUUAGUUUUCGUAAUAUGUUACUUUUUAAUAUUUGUUCGAAGUGUGGAAAGUCUAAAAGCUUAUUAUAUUUAAAUUUGGCUUCAAACAAAAACACAUUCGCUGUAAAAGGCAAUGCACAAAAAUCAGAAAAACCAAUUUGCAACUACCACCAUGAUGCAUUGGAUGCUUUUACUAAUAGUCUCGUUCUGGAAAAUAUGAUGAAAUGGAAAUCAGACAAUUUUGUCACUACAGAUUAUAAAUUGCCAAAAGUCAAAUCAGAUUCUAUUUUUGAACUCUGUGAUGAUCCAGACCAUCUGACAACAUAUCUACAGCAAUGCUUAGAUGGGCAUUCUCAAGUCAGUGAAAGUGCAUUAAAUCAAUUCAGGUCAACAAUGGCAAGACAUGGAAAAAUUAAUGGAUUAGUAUUAAUCGAAAAACUCAGUGAAAAGUAUGGUAAUUGUAUUAAGAAAUCUGAAUUACAGAUGAAUUUUGCAGAAGCAUAUUGGAUAAAUGGUAAUUUGUAUCACAUGUUUAAAAUUUUUGAAACAUUCUAUCCUGUGGAGUCUACAAAUGUCAAUCAUGUAUUAGACCCUAUUAUUCAUACCAUAAUCAAAUCACAUGGUGUUGCAUCAGUAGUUAUGGUUUCGAAAUUUGUGAACUCGAUAGUUGUAAAUCAUGGAGAUUAUCAUCCAAUGUGCAUUUUAUGGAAGUAUUUAUUUUUAAGUGAAGUAUAUAAUGACAACCUAGAAGCAGAAAAAUUAUUAUCACAAAAUACUAAUUUAAUAGAAAAUAUACAAUACCUUGCACCAGUCCUUACAAAAAAAAUGUUAAAAAUGCAUAAAAUUGAUUGUGUUCAAAGGAUAAUGAUAAUUUUUUUAAAACAUAAACGAAUGGAACCAUAUCAAUGGAUUUUAAGGUCUCUGUUUGAGUAUUAUUACACAUUGGGAAAUGUUUCCCAAUGCAAAGAAAUUAUGAAACACUCUACUGAACUCAAUGUACCAUUAACACAAGCACAGCAAUCACGUUUAAUUCACAUGGUGCUCAACAAUAAACAUCAACAAAAAAUCAACAAAGAAGUGACUGCAAUUAUAUUUAAACUUAUGUUUUAAAUUAGUAUGCUAUUUGUUAGUACGAUUUUGUUGUUUAAAACCAAAUAAUAA